CUCUUAAGCGAUAGUGGAGAGCGCCGUACAUAUCGUCGAAAGCGCCGGAGUCGCGCGAUACCACGAGAGAAGACCCUCGGACUCUUGUUGGCGCGAAGGGCACGUAUCGUGACAGAAGGUCCGGCGGCGGCACUACCCGGCAGCUCGACGGCCGUUCGCAUAGCGGCGACCAUGCAACUGAAAAGCUUGAUCGUUCUUGGAGCAGCCCUGGUCGUUGCAUCAGGCGCUCGGGCGAGCUUCCUGCAAUGCGAGGACAGCAGCUUGUGCCCCGACGGCGCGACGUGCUGCAAGAUCGAUGACGAGGCGUGGGGCUGCUGUCCCUACGAGUUCGGCCAGUGCUGCGAGGAUGGCCGCCACUGCUGUCCGACGGGCUACAGCUGCGACGGUGACAACAGCAGCUGCACCCACAAAGUCACUCAACAGCGGCUCUUCGGGACGGUGCUUGAGCAGGUCCCGCCGCUCGCACGAGACCAGCGCGAUGAAGUGCCCAGAGAAUCAUCGGUAGGAAAUGUCCGCUGCCCUGACGGAAACUACUGCCUCGACGGCCAGACCUGUUGCCUCCUCGCAUCCGGCCAUUACGGCUGCUGUCCUUAUCAGCACGCCGAGUGCUGCAGCGAUCACAGUAGUUGCUGUCCCGAGGGAUACCAGUGCAGGGUGUCUACACACCAGUGCGUUCAUGCGACCACCAACCACACCGUGGCUAUGGUCAAGAAGGUGGACCCGAUCGUUCCUGCACUCACGAGCGUGGCCAGCCUCCGUAAUGAAUUGUCCGUACAGAACAUCCGUUGUCCCGAUGGAAACUACUGCAACGAUGGCCAGACCUGCUGCCUCCUGACAAGCGGUCAGUAUGGCUGCUGUCCGUACGCGCACGCACAGUGCUGCAGUGAUCACGCAAGUUGCUGUCCUGAAGGAUACAUCUGCAAGGUAUCCACGCAUCAGUGUCUGCAUGCAGCCACCAACCACACCAUGCCCAUGGUCCAGAAGGUCCAGCCUGUACUGCUUUCUUCGGCGACUCCUGAGGUCACCGAAUUGUCCGUACAGAACAUCCGUUGUCCCGAUGGAAACUACUGCAAGGACGGCCAGACGUGCUGCCUCCUGACAAGCGGCCAGUAUGGCUGCUGUCCGUACGCGCACGCACAGUGCUGCAGCGAUCACGCAAGUUGCUGUCCUGAAGGAUACACCUGCAAGGUAUCCACGCAUCAGUGUCUGCAUGCAGCCACCAACCACACCAUGCCCAUGGUCCAGAAGGUCCAGCCUGUACUGCUUUCUUCGGCGACUCCUGAGGUUACCGAAUUGUCCGUACAGAACAUCCGUUGUCCCGAUGGAAACUACUGCAAGGACGGCCAGACGUGCUGCCUCCUGACAAGCGGCCAGUAUGGCUGCUGUCCGUACGCGCACGCACAGUGCUGCAGCGAUCACGCAAGUUGCUGUCCUGAAGGAUACACCUGCAAGGUAUCCACGCAUCAGUGUCUGCAUGCAGCCACCAACCACACCAUGCCCAUGGUCCAGAAGGUCCAGCCUGUACUGCUUUCUUCGGCGACUCCUGAGGUCACCGAAUUGUCCGUACAGAACAUCCGUUGUCCCGAUGGAAACUACUGCAAGGACGGCCAGACGUGCUGCCUCCUGACAAGCGGCCAGUAUGGCUGCUGUCCGUACGCGCACGCACAGUGCUGCAGCGAUCACGCAAGUUGCUGUCCUGAAGGAUACACCUGCAAGGUAUCCACGCAUCAGUGUCUGCAUGCAGCCACCAACCACACCAUGCCCAUGGUCCAGAAGGUCCAGCCUGUACUGCUUUCUUCGGCGACUCCUGAGGUCACCGAAUUGUCCGUACAGAACAUCCGUUGUCCCGAUGGAAACUACUGCAAGGACGGCCAGACGUGCUGCCUCCUGACAAGCGGCCAGUAUGGCUGCUGUCCGUACGCGCACGCACAGUGCUGCAGCGAUCACGCAAGUUGCUGUCCUGAAGGAUACACCUGCAAGGUAUCCACGCAUCAGUGUCUGCAUGCAGCCACCAACCACACCAUGCCCAUGGUCCAGAAGGUCCAGCCUGUACUGCUUUCUUCGGCGACUCCUGAGGUCACCGAAUUGUCCGUACAGAACAUCCGUUGUCCCGAUGGAAACUACUGCAAGGACGGCCAGACGUGCUGCCUCCUGACAAGCGGCCAGUAUGGCUGCUGUCCGUACGCGCACGCACAGUGCUGCAGCGAUCACGCAAGUUGCUGUCCUGAAGGAUACACCUGCAAGGUAUCCACGCAUCAGUGUCUGCAUGCAGCCACCAACCACACCAUGCCCAUGGUCCAGAAGGUCCAGCCUGUACUGCUUUCUUCGGCGACUCCUGAGGUCACUGGUGAGCUGAUUCGAUGCCCCGAUGGAGCUUUCUGCCAGGAUACCCAGACCUGCUGCCUUCAAAAGUCGGGGCGGUACGGCUGCUGCCCGUACGUUCACGCGCAGUGCUGCAGUGACCACACCAGUUGCUGCCCCGAGGGUUUCCGCUGCAAGGUCUCUACUCGGCAAUGCAUCCACGCCGCAAGCAACCACACAGUAGCGAUGCUCCAGAAAGUCGACAGCAUCGUUCCCGAGCCUGUUGAAUUGCCACCACAGAAGUCUGAUGGCAUCAUGUGCCCCGACGGACACAAGUGUCUAAAUGGCCAGACCUGCUGCCAAUUGACAAGCGGUAAAUACGGCUGUUGUCCGCUGCCCGAAGCUGUGUGCUGCACGGACCACCUGACGUGCUGUCCCAGAGGCUACCAGUGCCGUGUCGCCACGCAGACGUGCCAGCUGGCUGACCACACGGUGCCUGCGGUGCGGAAGCUGCCAAGCUUCACGAAUGCUGCAUUGAUUGAAGUGGCUGAAUCGUCGGUAGGAAAGGUCCGGUGCCCUGAUGGAAACUACUGCCUCAAUGGCCAGACCUGUUGCCUCCUCACAUCCGGCCAUUACGGCUGCUGCCCUUAUCAGCACGCCGAGUGCUGCAGUGAUCACAGUAGCUGCUGUCCUGAGGGGUACCAGUGCAGGGUGUCUACGCACCAGUGUGUUCAUGCGACCACCAACCACACCGUGGCUAUGGUCAAGAAGGUGGACCCAAUUGUUCCUGCACUCAGGAGCGUGGCCAGCCUCCGUAACGUGCCCAACCAGAUGUGCCCGGACGGCAACGAGUGUGAGGACGACCAGACCUGCUGCAUGCUACAAAGCGGCUCGUACGGCUGCUGCCCCUACAACCAGGCGGUCUGCUGCGACGACAGGGAGCACUGCUGUCCGGCUGGAUACACGUGCGACACGCAGACCGCCAGGUGCCUCAAGGGAGACCUGUCCUCCCCCCUGAUGCGGCCUCUAGUUCCAAAGCGCCGCAGCAGCUUCAUGAACACGAUCCUUGUGGACGUGCCAAACCAGAUGUGCCCGGACGGCAACGAGUGUGAGGACGACCAGACCUGCUGCAUGCUACAAAGCGGCUCGUACGGCUGCUGCCCCUACAACCAGGCGGUCUGCUGCGACGACAGGGAGCACUGCUGUCCGGCUGGAUACACGUGCGACACGCAGACCGCCAGGUGCCUCAAGGGAGACCUGUCCUCCCCCCUGAUGCGUCCUCUAGUUCCAAAGCGCCGCAGCAGCCUCAUGAACACGAUCCUUGUGGACGUGCCAAACCAGAUGUGCCCGGACGGCAACGAGUGUGAGGACAACCAGACCUGCUGCAUGCUACAAAGCGGCUCGUACGGCUGCUGCCCCUACAACCAGGCGGUCUGCUGCGAUGACAGGGAGCACUGCUGUCCGGCUGGAUACACGUGCGACACGCAGACCGCCAGGUGCCUCAAGGGAGACCUGUCCUCCCCCCUGAUGCGGCCUCUAGUUCCAAAGCGCCGCAGCAGCCUCAUGAACACGAUUCUUGUGGACGGAGCCGGCGAGCCAGAGCCAUCCCGCUGGGCGUCGUCGUCGUCGUCAAUAGUGUGUCCAGGAGGGAGGACCACAUGCUCGAGCAGCGCCAAGUGCUGCCUGUGGUACGACAAACUCAGCUGGUUCUGCUGUCCGUACGCGAACGGCACCUGCUGCGGCGACGGCACUUUCUGCUGCAAGGCAGGCUUUUACUGCUUUGUGCCGACACAGAGCUGCAUUCCGUACGGCGAGCGCGCUCCCGCCGUCGUGGGCCACGCCGCCAACUAUCGGCAGGAGGCACGCGCGCGCGUUCAAGUGAAGACUACCUGCCCCGACCAGAGCACCUGUCCGGACAAGAUGACCUGCUGCCAGUCUACAAACAGCACAUACGUGUGCUGCCCGUUUGACAAGGCCACCUGCUGCAAGGACGGGGAACACUGCUGUCCCGAGGGCUACCAGUGCGACGAGGCUCGACGGAUGUGCACACGCAAGCUCCGCCCAGAGGACGUGCCGGCACUCAACGAAUUCCCGAGCGACGCGAAUCUUUAGAAGGAUUGCGCCUCCUCUACGUUAUAACGAGGAGCGGGGGCUAAGAGCGAAACGCUACAAAAGACAUUGAGAUUGCCAACGAGUUCGUUAUUUUCUUUUCUUUUUCAGUGAUCACUCACGAAGCACUUGUUCGAAAUAGUCAAGAAUCAUUGUUGUGUGGUCCGAUUGUUCAAAUAAAGCGAGUUUUAAUUUUUGUA